AUGAAAAAGUACGCUGAGCAGAACAUUGUGUUGGAGCUGGAAAACAAACGACUGUGUGCAGAAAUAGCAAACCAACGGGAUGAAGAAAAUUGUUAUCCAUUAGUGGCGGGUGCACCGCUCCAGGAAAGGAAGAUGUUUGACGGCAAGGAGCAAUACUUUCUACGAGGAUUUGAGCUGCUUGGACUGGCCUGUAAUGCACGGGCACCACCAAUUUACAACAAUGUGCAACCAUAUAUCGACUGGAUACUGUACAACAUGCGGUACCGCAGCUUAGAGUCAGUGGAUGGGUUGACAAUUUCAAAUGCUAACACCACGCAACAAACACUCGAGUCGGAAUGGGCCAUGUUGCAGCAGCAGCCGGGAAAGGAAAAAUUGCACCUUUUCGAUAUGCAAACCUGUGGCAUACCCGGCGCAACUUUCGAAAAUUUGGGACCGCUAACGGUCACGCCGUGGGUCGGGCAGCUUGAAUCUACCGAAAAUGUUACGGAUGAAGACUUUUUGGAUUCAGAUACUGUAGUGCUCAUAAGCGAAUGGUACGCAUUAGCCCCGAAAAGUAUUUUAGCGAGCAAUUCAACUUGGUAA